UUUCUGCAGAGUAUGGGAGGAAGACACCAAUUUGUUGUCUGACGCUGGGUGGCUGCUUGACCUGGGAUUCUUGGCUGAUGUAACAUGAGAAACUGAAUCAGCUCAAUCUUCAGUUACAAGGUGAGGAUGGCUGACCUUGUGAUUUUGUUCCUCACACUUUUUCCUGGGCUAUGCAUUGCUGAUUUGUCUGGGAAUCUCGCUCUUGGAGCUGCAGCUGUCCAGUCUUCCACAUACGAUUAUUUAGGAGCUGCUCAAAAUGGUAUUGAUGGCAAUAGGCAGUCAAAUUACUUUCUCGGGUCCUGCACGCACACUGCUGGAGGGAGCAAUCCCUGGUGGAGAGUUGACUUGAAGAAAGCGCACAAGAUAACCAGGGUUAGAAUCACUAAUCGAGGAGACUGUUGUGCAGAGAGGUUAAUUGGUGCUCAGAUCCGUAUCGGCAACAGCCUGGCAUAUAAUGGCAACAGCAAUCAGCUGGUUAGAAUUAUUGGAUACAUCCAACCUGGAGGCACACAAACAUUUGAUUUUACGCCUGUUAAGGGGAGAUAUGUCAACAUUUUUCUACCUGGGCUGAAUAAAUACCUUACUCUGUGUGAAGUCGAGGUGUUUGCAGAUUAAGUGCAGCAAGAUUAAGCUACACCUCAGUCAACUCAUCCCUGAAGCAAAAAAAAAA